UAGCUAGGGUUACCUCCUCCUUAAUUUUUUAUUUAAAUACUAGUAUGGCAAUUCCUAUGUUUUUGCACAAAGCUUCCUACCUCACAUACCUAAAUAUUUAAAUUGUACCUACAUUUAUCAAACUACCCAAUUUGGUUCCUUUCCAACAAAAUAUAUUUUACUUAAUUUAUAUUGUCGGUGAUGCUAAUUAACUUAUCUUUAGACUCAAUUAAUUCAAAAUAUAGAUAUAUUUAUUAAUUUCUUUGGCUAGCUAUUAAUUUUCCCAAUUAACCUUUUUUUAUAAGCUAUCUGUAUGAAUUAAAAUAAUAUUUGUAGCAGAAAAUAUAUAUGGUGAGGUCAAGAAUUCAGAUUAAGAAAAUAGAAAAUAUUUCAGCAAGACAGGUAACAUUUGCUAAGAGAAGAAAAGGGCUUAUUAAGAAAGCUCAAGAACUUUCAACUCUUUGUGAUGCUCAAAUUGGUCUUAUUGUCUUCUCUUCUUCUGGAAGGCUCUAUGAAUACUCUACCUCAAGUAAAAGGGUGACUCAAGUAAUUCAGAAGUAUAUGAGACACACCGAAAACUCUGAGGUUGAUUCAUCUAUUGUACAACCUUAUCUGGACGAAGAUUGUGUUGUUUUGCGCAAGGAGGUUGAUGAGAAGAACCUAGAAUUAAGCCAAUUGGAAGGAGAUAAUCUAGAAAGGCUAGAACUUGAUGAAUUAACUAAACUUGAAAGGCAAAUUGAGAAAAGUUAUGCUCGUGUUCGUAGAACAAAGGAUGACAUGCUCCAGAAAGUACUCACAGACUUGAAAAAGAAGGAAAACACAAUCUUGCAGAACAACAGGAAAUUGAACCAAAAGAUUGUUCAAGCUACAAAUGGUGAAGUACAUUCAAGGCAGCAAGUAGCUGUAACGGAAGCUAUUAAUCAUAGUCACUUACAGAAUAUUGUUUCAUUAGACACUUCUCUAAAACUGGGAAGAGUUUAAUAAGCAAUUUUCAGAAAACGUACAUCUCAAGUUCCACAUUCGGAAAAAUAAAAAAAAAUUAUUUAACAUAUAAAGAAGUGUUGGGUGGGAAAUACCCCGAAUUUCUAGGGUAAAUAGUGGGAGAUAAGAUAAAUUUGGAGCAAUAAGGGAAAAGGGAAGUGAUCCCAUGCAUAUGUAGUUUUGGAAUAAAAAUUUGUAGCGUAUAUAAUUAUAAAUAUACUCUCUCCUAUUCCUCUUAAAAGUCCCAGUUGACUUUUUACGUAUUUUAAGGAGAAUCAAAAUAAGACCCUAAAGAUAGAAAAAAAAGUGGUAUUAUGGAUUUUUAAUGUAAGGAUUAAAGAGUUAAUGAUUCCCACCAAUUUCAAGCAUUUUGUAGCUAAAUUUAAAAGUUGAUUUUUUGGCAUCAAAACUCUAAACUUUUUUUUUCAGUUUAAGACCAAAAUUACAUCGAUCGUUUACUUAACUCUGAAAGUACAUAAAUAAGUCCUACAAGUAUAAUAAUUUUUGGAAGUUACAUAAAUUUCUCCGAGUACUAAAGAAAAUUAAAUACAUCAGUUACGGUAUCUCAAAUAGCCUUCUCAAUUCUUCGACAGUAGUUGCAGUCGUUACUGAUCAUGUGAGUGCA